AUGCCGUCGACGAGCAUGCCUCAGCAGGCCUGCCUCCACGCCAAGAGGUGGGGAUGCCAAACAAGGUCGGCCCUGAACUGGCAGGAUUCACUUGAGGGAGACCGCCCGUCCUUUCACCAGUUGCUCUGGGCGCACCAAUCCCUAGGUCCUCCCCCUUCGCCUUCGGUAGGGCCCUCGAGCUCUGGCUACCCCUUGUUGUCGAGUGUUGAUUCGGCAAAUAAUCGUUUCUUUGGUCAGCUGGGGGGAAGUGGGAGUGAAGAAGAUGGGACAUCAUGGUGGGAGUUGGGUCAGGGGACUUGCCAGGUUGACGACGACACUGAUAAUUACGACAGCAACAAAUACGUCAGCAACAACUACGACAGCAAGGAAUACGGCAACAGUCUUGAGCGUCUCGGUUUCGAUUGGGUACCACCACACUUACCCUAUCAAGGCUCAGAGUUAAACCUUGACGGAAAUUUUCCAGACCUUUCGGCGAACACUCAAAACAUAUGCGAUGCUAUUUACAACACAAGCCAGGACCCCAAUGGCCUUGCAUCGCAGCAUCUCGACUUUUGUCCACCACUUCAGCAGAUACGCACACUGACUGAGAACGACGCCGAUGUUUCCGCGUGGGAUUCGGGUCCUGUCCCAAGGCCGAUAAUCCAAGGUCUUCCACUGAUGCAGCUGGACUGGCCUCCAUCACCGCUCGUGGACAUGCCGAUGCAAUCCUACAACCUUCAGCACACGCCCAGUUUCAAUCUCCUUACAAAUUGGGAGCAACCGGCUGCGAACCUUCAGCUUGAGCAAAAUACCUGUUUCUGCAUGAGCCCCUAUGGAUGGCAAACCACCAGCAGCACGAGCACGGCACGCUCUCCGGACAUGGCAUGGCAAGCAAGUACUGGAAGCAACUCGUCAACAAGCCCCAUUAGCUGGAACAGUGAUCAGUUCGUGUGCGAUUAUCCCCGCUGCAAGGUUACAAAACCCAGUCAGAAAGAGCUCAAGCGCCACCAAAAGUCACACAAGAAACCCCAUGUGUGCGAUGAGAACGGAUGUCCGUUUGCAUUCGCUGCUCCAGCACAGCUAGAACGGCACCGCAAAACACACCGUCGUGGAAACCUGGACGCGAGUGAAAAAUAUCAAUGUCCAACUUGUUCCAAGACUUACACUCGUGACGACAACUUGAAACGCCACAUUCGAGACGACCAUACUAGAUUGAACAAUUCAAGGCGAAGAAACGCCAACAGGCUAGGUAAUAUGUCUAGGGGGUUUGCUGGAAGUUGCUGGACGCGCGUUGAACUGGGGCACAUCCGGGAUCGGGCUGGAUUGUCCAUCUCCACGCUCUAUGUCGCAGAAGCGGAAGAGUCUCAAUGGUUGUGGCAGCAAUAUCAGAUAACAACUGACGUAGGCGUGGCUCUUCAACAAGCUUCAGGUUACAUGAACUUUCAGAGAGAACCGGCGCUAGGCAUGGUGUGCUGGGGUGACCGUUGCGUUGGCCGACCCGCUAAGGGCUUUUAUCCCUUCCCGGCUCUGUAGGCUGCGUCCAGGUUACCCCCGGCUUCGUCCUUCCUUUUCGAUUUGAUUGACGAGUAGUUCGACAUGUAUGUUUGGGCCCUGGACAGGUGUCUGGAUUGCGAUGAUACAGAUCGAAAGAUAAGACGAAGGAGGAAAAGCACUGGACGCAGACUACAGAGUCAAUAUUACACAUGAAGGAAGGGAUAAAAGCCCAAAUAUCGGCAAACGCAACGGAUUUUCUUGUUUUCUUUGUUGAAGAGAGAUGGAGGUAGCAGAUGGAGAUUGAGGGAAGAUGUGUAUUUGGGAGGUUCAGGUCAUCAAUGCUUGGUCUUGUCAUCAUUUGUUGACAUCUGGACCCUCCAAGUGAGUGUCUUUGGUGGGAUAGAUAGCGAUACAAUGGAAGAGGAGCUUUUC